ACACCGUCUGAGGCUCAAAUCCUCCUCGAUCUAUCGGUAUCGAUCGUUUGACAAUCCGUGAACCAUUUCGAAAAUGCUGCAACUAAAAGUUCUCAUCUGUGGCGGUGGCAUAGCAGGAAACGCCCUGGCCUUCUGGCUUUCUAAAGCCAACCACGACGUUACGGUGGUGGAGCGCUUCCCGGACCUGCGAGCAACGGGGCUGCAGGUCGACCUGCGCGGGGCCGGCAUCGAAGUCCUGAAACGCAUGGGACUCGAGGAGCAAUUCCGUGCGCACGCGGCCGAGGAAAAGGGCAUCGAGUUCGUGUCGAGCUCCGGAAAGCAGUGCGCGUACUUCCCAGCCAACACGAGCGGAAAGGGGGCACAGAGUUUUACAUCCGACUACGAGAUCAUGCGAGGUGACCUCACAAAGAUGCUAUACGAUGCGUCAAGGGCAACUUUCAGGUUUGGGAUCUCGAUCGAGAGCUACCAGGACAAGGGUGACGGCGUUGAGGUUGUCUUCUCGGAUGGGACGAGCGAGCAUUUCGACCUUCUUGUCGGCGCUGAUGGCCAGUGGUCGCGCACCCGAAACAUGAUGCUCGAACGGGAUGCACCAGACCCGAUGCACUUCCUCCGCCACAACGUUUUCAUCGCUUACUACACCAUGCCGCGUGCGGCGAAGGGGGACGAGACAUACGACGCCACCGCUUACAUGGCGGCGGGCAAUCGGAUGAUGAUGAAGAGGGGCAGUGAUCCGCACCGGAUGCAAGCAUACCUGCUGGUGCUGAAGGAUGCCGCCACGGGCCGGCUGAAAGAGGCGCACCGGGGCGGUGUUGCGGCCGAGAAGGCAGCCAUGGCCGAUAUCUUCCGCGGCGCCGGCUGGAGGACAGAAGAGCUGAUCAAGGGGAUGGAGGCGUCAGACGACUUCUACCUCGAGCGCCUCGGCGUCGUCAAGCUCGACUCGUGGUCCCGCGGGCGGGUCGUCCUCGCUGGGGAUGCCGCCCACUGCCCAUCUGCCAUGACAGGGAUGGGGACUACGUCUGCCAUCGUGGGCACCUAUAUCCUGGCAGGCGAGAUUGCGAGGCACUGUGGGAAGGCUGGUGGCAAGGACGGCCUCGCCGUCGCGCUCAAGGAGUACGACCGGAAGUUGAGGCCAUUUAUGACUCGGGUUCAGGAGGGAGUUGUUGAGGGGUCGGUUGCCUGGGACCUUUGGCCUUCUUCGUGGUUCGGGGUUGCCGUUCUUAAUCUGAUCCUCAAGCUGGUGACGGUCACGCGGUUGAUGUCUCUGGCGACUUGGAUUAUCCCAGAGGACGGCAAGGAUGACUGGAAGCUUCCAGAAUACGAGGAGCUUGCUGAAAAAGCAUUGUAG